AUGGUGGCGGUAGAGCACAAAGGGCCUCCUCAGUCGAAGCUGAGGCCGGUGUCUCGGAGGGCGGUAGAGCACAAAGGGCCUCCUCAGUCGAAGCUGAGGCCGGUGUCUCGGAGGUGUGGGGUGUCUGAAGGGCGGGAGAGCGCGAAGGGCCUCCUCAGUCGAAGCUUAGGCCGGGCGGGAGAGCGCGAAGGGCCUCCUCAGUCGAAGCUGAGGCCGGUGUCUCGGAGGGCGGUAGAGCACAAAGGGCCUCCUCAGUCGAAGCUGAGGCCGGUGUCUCGGAGGGCGGGAGAGCGCGAAGGGCCUCCUCAGUCGAAGCUGAGGCCGGUGUCUCGGAGGUGUUGGGUGUCUGAAGGGCGGGCGGUAGAGCACAAAGGGCCUCCUCAGUCGAAGCUGAGGCCGGUGUCUCGGAGGUGUGGGGUGUCUGAAGGGCGGGAGAGCGCGAAGGGCCUGCUCAGUCGAAGCUUAGGCCGGGCGGGAGAGCGCGAAGGGCCUCCUCAGUCGAAGCUGAGGCCGGUGUCUCGGAGGGCGGUAGAGCACAAAGGGCCUCCUCAGUCGAAGCUGAGGCCGGUGUCUCGGAGGUGUGGGGUGUCUGAAGGGCGGGAGAGCGCGAAGGGCCUCCUCAGUCGAAGCUGA